GUUUGAACUGAUUCUUUGUAAUGAACCGUUCGAAUGAACCGAUUCGCGGAAACGAGUCAGACUUCCAUGAUGCCAUGGAAACGCGACGCUUUCCUGGAUAGACCAUGUUAUGAAUGAUCUCGAGAAAAUAAUAGUUAUUUAGUUAGCGGUAACGAGACACAACAUGCUUCGAAAAGCAGUGAAAGUGGUCGCUGAAGUCCACCUGAGGGCGAUAACCUGUCCAGGGGUGCAUCUACCAGCCAAAGAUGAUGUUUACGUCAGUGUGAGUCUGAUGAAUAAAUACAGGAAGACUGAAUGUGUUCCUGCAGUGUUUCCAUUACUGAUCCGGGAGAAAAUAAGAUUUGAAAAGAUCCUGAAUUAUGCCACCGAUCCUUCAGCGAUAGCAGAAUUCCUGCAGUGCGAAACAGUGAAAAUUGAACUCAUUCAGUUGAUUCCUCCAGCUGGAGAAAUACUGGCCAGUUUUGAAGAAGAUGCUCGCAGUUUUCUUUUCCCAGAACCGAAGCUUGUCCCAUCUUUCUCUGGAGUAGAGAGAGAGGUAUUGAUGACACGGCAUCCCACUUUUCCUGGUAUCUCUCCAAGAUUAGAGUUCUCCACAAAGACGACAUUCAGAGAAAUCUCCAGUGACAAUAGUUUCCUGACCGUUCCUGUGAGGGCAAUGACGAGAAAAACCUCAGAAAAGUCACCGAAGCAGGGCAGCUCUUCAUCCCGAAGACAUCUCUCUUUUGCUCCAUGCAGUCCAAGAGAGCAUCACGACAGAGAUCAGGUUCAAAGGUCACGUGGACGGUCCUCUUCCCAUUAUUCACCUGUCUCUGCCAGAAACUCCAGUUUAAUGAGUCUGUCACCACAUCAAUCAAAACCAUCAGGAGAAUCAAGAGACCAAAGAAGAAGCUAUUCCAGACCUUGGAUGGCUGAUGAAGACUCUUCAGACACAGACGAUCUCCUCGACUACGCAGAGGAAGUUGGCCGUCAUCAUUCCCUCAUGGGAUAUGAGGGAUCUUCCAGACACUCUAGUAUGGAUUGCCAGAGGCACAAUGGAUCUCUCUUGGGUUCUGCUGACCUGUGGGAGGAAGUUCAGGAACGGGUUCAGAGUCUUUUAACAUCUCCCAAAGCGGUUCAUAGACUAGCCUGUGGUGCCACCGACUCGGAGAUAGACGAGGUAUUGACACGUAGAUCUGUUUUGGCCCACUCAUGCCCGUUCUAAACACCAGCGUGUACGAUAACAAAGUGAUGAAUCAGAGGAUUGUGUGAUUUCCUGUGGCAUUGCAUCUUUUUCCAUCUUUUUCCAUUCAAUUACGAGUGUGUUUGUUUGUAGUUGUGUAGUAAGUGUUUUUGAAGCUUGCUGGUUUAUAACCAUUUCUGGAGGCCCCCCAACUGUUCACACCUGAUUCAGAAACACUUGAAAUGUGUGUUUCAGUGGAGACAGCGAGCAAAACGGACUCUCCAGACACUUAAAAUGGUACAUGUGCUUAAUAUAACCCUCAUAACAAAAAGGUUGGCUCCCUUGUUGGAGCUGUGGUGCAGUAAUAGAUCAUAGUUUGUUUUGAGACCAGCCUGCAUUGUGUCAUAAUGCAAUUCUUAUAUAAAGCAAAAAAGGCAGAAGUCCACCCCCUAAAAAGAGAAAUAAAAUCAUCAAAAGUGACAAAUCAGUAGUGCUUUGAUCACAUUCUUUCUUCUUAUUUUUAGCAUCUUUAUGCAAAUGCUGCUCAUUCAUUAGCAAGUCAAAUUAAAUACCUCCUUUAGUUGAUAGUCAAGUACAAAAGGCUUGUUCUGUGACAUUCCCCUUGAGUAUUAAACGAAGAACAUCUAUCUAUCUAUCUAUCUAUCUAUCUAUCUAUCUAUCUAUCUAUCUAUCUAUCUAUCUAUCUAUCUAUCUAUAUCUAAGUGAAAGUGAAUAAUUUUUUAAGUGAAAAAAUAAAUGGAAAAAAGUCAAUUCAGGGAUGUUUUUUCAGGUGUUGACAUCUUUGUCUUUAUUAUUUUGUGGAUACACAUACAGUACUCGUUGGAUCAUACAGUGUGAAUAAUUUGACUACUGUACUGUAUAAAUACAGUUGUACAAUGGUGUGCUUUACAGUGUUUAUUCAGUUUCAGAACCGCCGACCAUUAAUGCUUCACAUUGACAAUUUUCUCUAAUUUCUGAUGUAACCCAAAGUAUAAAGAAAUUAAAUACUGUCAAAUAAAAUUCAAACUGGCUCAAUGGCAGAAAUUUGGCACUGACAACAUCAUCGGUGUGGUCUUUUCAAAAUAUUCUCCAGAAUAGCUCUGAUUCAACAACAAAAGCAGAACAAUAAUGAAUUAGUGGCUUGCUGAAGAAACUAUUAAGGCUUGCCACCUGUAGUAUCAUGACUAAAUAAUUGUGUACAAAGGAUCUCAUUUUCAUUCCAAAGGCCAUUUCUGUACCCCAUAUCAAGUCCUUAUCAUGCAACGUUUGAAUAAAAAUGUUCCCCUUCAUAUCAACACAUUCAAUUUGGCACAAACCUGAAAUGAAAUACACGCAAAGCUCAUAAACAUUUGGCUUUCGAUAGCAAGUGCAAA